AUGGUUGAAUUCAUCACAGUAAAUGGAGCACAGCUCGCUUACGAGCUGAGCGGACCAAAAGAUGCGCCGCUAAUGAUUACUCUUCACGGCGGAAGAGGAAUGGCAGGUGAUCAUAGGUCUGACUACAAAGUAUACAGCCGUCUCAAUGAUAUGAUCCGUGUGCUUUCCUUUGACUUUCGGGGGCACGGCCAAAGUUCCCGUACAAAACCUUACACUUUCAAACAGAUCGUCGAUGAUAUUGAAGGUGUGCGACAGCAUUUCUCAGGACCCGAUGAGAAGGUUAUUAUCUGCGGUGGAAGUUUCGGGGGCUUUCUCGCGCAGGAAUAUGCCAUCAUUUAUCCCCUCAAAGUUUCACACUUGAUUCUACGAGGAACUGCAGCCUCGCAUCACCAUGAAGCGGGCGCCAUCAAGACCCUCGAAGCAAGAAUCAGCAAAGUACCCAGCUUCUCAAAAGAUAUGCUGCGAGACAAGGUCUUUGGCGCAUAUGACGACGACGAAGAUUUCAGGCUGGUUCAUUUUGCUAUGAUGCCUCUGUAUCGAGAAGAUUAUGAUGCAAAUGCCGGCUUGAGGUCUUGCCGUGAUACGGUUUAUGUCGCAGAGUCACACAACGAUCUUUAUUCCCAGAAAGAAAAGUACUUUGAUUAUGUCGACCGAUUGAGUAGUAUCAUGGCCAAGACUUUGGUCAUUGUUGGCGAACAGGACUGGAUUUGUCCACCAGGCCCAGAUAACUCGAGAUUAAUUGCUGAUCGGAUUGAUAAUGCGGAAUUGCUCGUGGUUCCCGGCGCAAACCAUAGCGUGCAUGUUGAGAAAACAGACUUGGUAAUUUCCAAGAUCAGGGAGUUUUUAGAAUUAUAG